AUGAAUCGGGGUAGCAGCAUCGACAGCGCGAUGUGUCAAGCCUUUUGAGGAUCGAGAUCUCGUCGGCAGGGUUUUUGUAAUUUUCAUGCGUUAAUUUCGCGUUUGUUCUCUGAAUCAUUCCGCCGCUGUGCCUUUUUUAUAGAGGAGCGAGAACCCGUAGGGUCCGAUAUAGGACAGGAUCGCCUCAGUCAUGUCGUCCGUAGUAAGCAUCUUAGAAGAAAUGGGCUUCGCCACGGAGAGAGCGAAGAAGGCGGUGGAGGUCUGCGGUGACCAGAACGUCGAAGCCGCCAUGGAAUGGCUUCUGGCGCACGCGGAUGAACCAAUGGACACAGCCGAACCGGCUGAGCCGAUGCCGAAGGCGCCUGCACUACAGACACAGGCCGGGAACGCGCCCUCAGAGUCUACCAGCAACCCCACAGCCCAUAAAGACCAAGCUGGAGAAGGCAGCAAGGAAACAGCGCCUGGAUCACCUGCAGCAGCUGCGGAAGCAUCCGCCAAGAGCUUAAAGUGUGAGGACUGUGGCAAGCUCUUCAGGAGUGGGCCCGAGGCAGAGUUUCACGCCAGCAAGACCAAACACCAGAAUUUCGCCGAGUCCACGGAGGAAGUCAAGCCUCUGACUGAAGAGGAGAAAAAAGAACAAGCUAAAAAGCUGGAAGAGAAGAUACGGCAACGGCGGCUAGAACGAGAGGAGAAGGAAAAGAAAGAAGCCAUCGAGCGAGAAAAGGAGCGCCGGAAGUUUGGCCAGGAAGUUGCCACAACCCGGCAAAAGAUCGAGGAACAGGAGAUGCUCAAGUUGGCCGAAGAGAAGAGGAGGGAGAAGAUGGAAGCUAUGCUGGCAAAGAAAAAAGUUCUUGAGGACAUCGAAAGGGACAAGAUGGAGAGGAGAGAGAAAUUCAACAUGGGAGGAGGGGCCCCUCCAGCCGCUGUGGCCAAGCCUGCCGCUCCGGUCGUAGCUGUGGAGCCAAAGAAAGAGUACGACCAGUGCAAGCUUCAGAUACGCCUGACAAAUGGGCAGACAUUGACGCAAACCUUUGGGGCGCAAGAAGAGCUGGCAGCGGUCCGACUCUUUGUUGAGCUGAACAGGACGGACGGCGACCUUCCGUUCACCCUCAUGACCAACUUCCCGCGGAAAGUGUUCACCGAUGAGGACUACGGCAAGCCCCUUAGCGCUUUAGGCCUCGUCCCAUCUGCAGUCAUCAUCUUAACGAAAGCAAAGUGACUUAACUGGUGUUCAACUGAGACGACUACAGGGCAAGCAGCUUUGGAAGCCGUGUGUGUGCUGGUGCAGUGUGCUGGCCUACAGAGACUUGUAUAUUAAUGCCGACUGUGCUGUGCGCAAUAAACUUCCAGUUCCCGUCGUGCUUUGGGAAGCAAGACGGGCGUGUUUUCCUACA